AUGUUUGCCCCUACUGCCCUGUCUCUGAUACUCUUCGUCGUCAUUGGCUGCCUGGUGUGGGGAAUCAGAGCGCGCGCGAUCCAGCCGACCCGACCCGAGAACCUAGCCAACAACAAGGAGGAACGCUCCGAAGCACCCACUCUAGCGCCCGGAUUGAGCGAUGAAGAAUUAGAAGGUCUCAUUACGCCCAAGACCUUAUGCUCCAAUCUAGUCGAGACUAUACUCGGUCGUCUAGCAGCAGCAACUUUCCACGAUCCAAACCGCCUUUACCUGCCGGAAAACGCGAUCAAGGAGGUGAUCGUCCAGACAGCGAUUGAGCAGGAGCUGGCUAAGAUUGAGAAGUCUCCAAUAGAGCAGACCGCUAAGUGGGAUCGUGAACGUCGGUCUCAGCUCGCGACAUGGAUCCGUACCAAGGCCCCCAAGGUAUUCGCUAUCACUAUCCAAUGCGACUUCGAACCAUCUCUUCUGCUCUUAGCUAUGGCUAUAUUCCAAAAAUGGGCGUUCACUGAUGAGAAACUACCAAUCGAUGACAAACCGCCAAGUCAACAAAUCUUUCUUCCACAGAUCUGGAAUCAACUCAAAAUCGUCAACUUCCGAGAGAACCAGUGGAAGUGUUUAGCUCCAGUGUUCAUACAGCAGAAGUAUGGCUAUGAUCUGAAAGCGCAAUGCAUAUUUCCGUUCACUUCAGAUGGGGCACAACCAAAGGACGGUGCUUUCAGUUCGGUAUAUCGGGUCACGAUACACAAGGACCAUCAUGAAUAUCCAGAGAUACGGCAGGUGGCGCUCAAGGAGCUUAAAGUACCACAAGGAGAAAAGGAAGCUGCUGGAACCGACCGGGCCUGGAACUUUGAAGCUACCGCUCUCGAAGCCAUCAGGAAGCUCAACCAUACCCAUAUCGUGAAGUGUAUAGCAGCUAUCCGAAGAGGCCACAGCCGCUACUUCAUGUUUCCCUGGGCCGACGGGGACAGCUUGCGUGAUUUUUGGGACCACACGCCACGAGAGGCCCCAAAUGCUUGUAUCAUCGAACACACCAUCGUUCAACUUAGAGGUAUCGUUGAUGCAUUGGACCAACUACAUAAUUUCAACAGCGGGCGGCCAGAACAGCAUAGCGGAGCCGAUGGCUUGACGAUACGGGUGGGCGACCCGAACGCUGCGGAAUCGUAUCCGAGCGGCGGAAGUGAUGCCGGUAGCGAUAACGGGCUUGACAACGAAGUGGAUGAGUACAAGAAUGCGGACAAUGCGGAGUCCAUCAGGCAUGGUGAUUUGAAGCCGGAGAAUAUCCUCAGAUUUCUCACCAAUGGAUCUAAGUCUGGCCUGGGGACCCUGAAGAUCGCAGACAUGGGCCUGGCUAAACGGCAUGUGGUGGCUACGCAGUACAGACCGAAGCCUACAAGUACCAGAUACGGUACCCGACGGUACGAAGCGCCUGAAACUGUUACUGGUCGAAAUGCACGCUCCCGACUCUAUGACAUCUGGUCGAUGGGAUGCAUUACGUUCGAGUUCAUCAUCUGGAUCUUAUACGGCAAUGACGAAUUGAACAACUUCUACAAACAAAUCGAGGGGAAUGCACAACAGAUUUGCCAGUACUACGAAGUCUUGGACGCGAGCGAACCGGAAAGUGCUAGAGUUCACCCUGUGGUCUUGAAGUGGAUGGAGCACAUUCAGAACAAAGAUCCGGAAUGUUCACCAGGGCGAACCUCAGCGACCAAAGAUUUGCUCAAGAUCGUACGCGAGAUGUUACUAGUCGUCAAUCUUCCUCCCAACAGGAAGAGUGAUACUCUGAGUGGUCGACCUCUUCAACCCCCAGCACUCGGUCAAUCUGUCACAAGGUAUCGAGCUACGGCUGCGCAGUUUCGGGACGAACUUGACAUUAUAUUGAGGAAUCGACACAUGCCCACUUACAUGUUCACUGGCAAAGACCGCACCAACGUCAGAACGCCAACCUUCACGGCCCCAAUGCUAUCGCCGAACAGUGCUAAUCUUCCACUGAGCAGCCUACCGCCUCCAGGACCGCUCAGGAGUGGAGUUCUCGGCCAACCUAUUGGUGCUGACUACACCCUUCCACCUCUCAAAGACUGGGAGUUCAAUAUCGAUAAUGAUUUCGCUCAUAAAGUUGUCGCAACUGUCGAUGGGCAGGAAUUUAUCCCGCAAACACACAUCGCUCAUCGACUUUGUGCCGCAUGCUCGGCGCGAGACUUCCUACAAGGCGGUUUCAGCAUCGAAGAGCGGGUGUCAACGUUGGAAGACCGUGCACCGGAAUGCGAUUUGUGCAGAAUGCUGUACGAAAUCCACAACCAAGCCGAAGAGCCCAAAGGAGAUCCGGCGGUAUUCCACCGAGACCAGUCGAACAUUGUUUUGACGGGCGACUCAUAUCCUGUUCUUUCUCUAAUCAGAAGUCCAGAAACGGACCUUCCGUGUCCAAUCCAAAUUGGCUUCCCGGAGCUCCCAGAAGCUGGGUCAGACGCGUUCUUCAGCAUCGUAAAGCUUUGGCUCAAAGAUUGCGAUACGAAUCACACAGGAUGUGAGGGGUUAUACCAUAGCCUGCCGACAAGACUCCUCGACGUGGGUACUCUCGGUACGCCUAUGCUGCGCCUUGUCGAGACGAAGCGAGAGCAGAUCCCGAGCAAACAGUACAUCGCGCUGUCGCACCCCUGGGGAGAUACCACCAAGUACACACCGUUUUGUACCCUGCCAGAGAAUUUAGAAGACUAUCUUCAGGCCAUUCCCGAAGGCGAUCUUCCAGCAACCUUUCAUGACGCUGUCAACUGCACACGGAAGAUUGGCAUCCGCUAUCUGUGGGUAGAUUCUCUCUGCAUCAUCCAAGGUGAAUACGGAGACUUCAACGAUGAGUCUAAAAACAUGGAGGCAGUCUUUAGUGGAGCGUAUUGUGUACUUGCUGCAAGCCGAGCGAGCAAUCAACGUGAUGGCUUCCUUGAUCCCAGACCGCAGCGUGAGUACAUCACCAUUCAGCGAGACAACGAAAAGCCCUUCUUUGUCUGCAAGACUAUCGAUAACUUCAGUAAAGAUGUUAUCGAGGGGUCUUUGAACCAGAGAGGUUGGGUGUUGCAAGAGCGCGCGCUGGCACGACGGACCAUCUACUUCACGGAGAACCAGACAUACUUCGAGUGCGGCCAAGGCGUUCGAUGCGAAACCUUGGCUAAACUGCACAAGUGA